CUCGGACUUGUGCCGCGAAAGCAGCUCGCUAUAGUAGUGAUAUUAGCAUUAUUUCUAGUUGCCGCGCUCGAGGUGGCCACUUCGCGCGUCUGCUUCUAGAAAUGCGUGCCUUCCGUGACGAGCUAGUAGAGAAAGUAGAAAUACUCAGGACUGAUUUAGUGCUGGUGGGUAGAUCCUGCAGGAUUCAGCUCCAAGACAUUCGAUCAACAGUACAAAGUGUGGACAGCGCUGCUGCAGAUAUCAAAUCAUAUAUGUACCAGGGAGGGAGGCCCCCCCCCUGUGGAUGGAUCUGUGGUGGACCACGCCAGAGGGGUCCAGCCUGGCCACCUUUGCGCGGUCUGUAUGGUUGGCCACAUGCAGCACGCCAAGGGGGUGGGUCCCGCCGUGCCUCCUCUGCCAGCUCUGUCGGGUACCGCAACACGCCAGAGGGCGCCAGCCUUGCCAUCUUUGCCAGGUCUGUAGGGCACAGGCAACAAGGCAGCGGGGUCCCGCCUUGCCUCCUCUGCCAGCUCUGUCGGGUACCGCAAUACGCCAGAGGGCGCCAGCUUUCUUUGCCAUCUUUGCCAGGUCUGUAGGGUACAGGCAACAAGGCAGCGGGGCCGUGCCUUUGCCCCCUUUGCCAGGUCUGUAGGGUACAUGCAACAAGGCGGGAAGGGGUCAGAAGUGGGCGCUUUGAGGCCUUCCUGCCCGGCAGCCACUCGAAAAGAGGGGCCGGGGCUGGCAGGCCCCCCCCUCAAGAAGUUAGAUCGGGGGGGGGCCUCCAGCCCUGAGCCCUGGAACAUACAUAGACAACCCAGGAGAAAUCAGAGAGAAGAGCUAAGGCCCUUGGUGGAACAAAUAAGAAGCCAACUAGAAUUAUCAAGCUAAAGUGCAGCAGUCUGUCUUUGAGAGCCAACGCGUCGCCGUGUGGGGCGUUAGGCUUUUGAGCGAGCGCUUGAUGUGCUUCCUCGAAGCCGCAGGCGGCGCAGCCGUAGACUGUGGGGACGGGUAUAAGUCAACCUCAGCGGGCUUCAUUUUAGACAGGCAGCUCUCUGCUGUGAAGUACAGCCAGUGACACAACGACUGGCAGAACUCUUAUUGGCAUCAUUGGCAGCGUGUUGCCGUAGAAUUCAAAGACCGCGCUAUUGAUCUCUUGGAUUUUUUAAAGGAAGAGUGGCCCGUGAGGUUCGUGUUUGCGGAGGCAAAAGUGCUCGGAAGUACUCAAGAUUAUCAAGUAGUUGGUAGUAGAGCCUCGACAGCAGCGACAGAGCGGGCUUCUUCGCUUCAAGAAAGUUUCCGAAAGAUGGGCCGCGCCCAGUCAUGCUGCAGGGUCAGGGAAGAUCUUGCAGGGCAUGGCUGCGGUGCACUAUCCUGGCCGAGAUAUCAGCAGCGAAAAACUUCUACCCGAAGGAGCGGAUCACGUCGAUACUUAUGCAGUGGAGGAGCUUGCGGGGGAAGUGAUUGGACUAGCUGGCGAGUUAACUUAGGCGAGAGAAAAGACGCGCUCCGUGGAAGGUUCCUGGACGACAGUCGGCAAAAAGUUGCCGACUGCGGGACUGACUGGGGAGAGGGUUAGGGGCAACGGGCGCCGCGAGCCCCGCCUUGCGUUGUGCGGAGAAUGCACUUCAGCGCGGCGCCGUUGGUGGAUGCAUUGGCGCACCCCAGCAAAGGCGAGCCUCUGUUCGCGCCUCAUUGGGAGGCGCGGGCGCGGUCGGAUGAGCGCGCUAAUUCUACACCCAUGGGGCGGAGUUCACACGCAGAGCGGACGCGGAGCGGAGCAGAUCGGACGGCGCGGGCGGGGUGCCGGCGCACGGGCCAAAGCGCCCGCGCGUAGGCCGCUGGGGGGCCAACGCGCCCUCUGGCGGUGCGAUGGGCAGGCGCGUGGCGCCCAGUGGGGGGCGCGGGGGAGCCCGGAACUACCCCGGCGCGGGGUAGAAAUCUCUGCGCCGGGGUGGCGCUUGUGGCAGCUCCUUUUUCUUAACCUCAGGCCCGCUGAGAAGAUCUAGCUUGGGCAGGGUCAGCCCUUUCCUCUCAAAAAAGUCCAGGGAUCAUUUCCUGUCUCUUUGCGUUGGAGUCGCUAUCUAGAAAACUAGCGACUAGCAGCGCCCCCGCGCUCUGGUCUUUUCAAUUCAAAAAACGGCCUCAAAAUGACCUCCCCGAAAACUGUCGAGGACCUCGCGACCCACACAGAAAGAAACCGCGCAGGAGGCGAGGACGUCGACGAAAAGGGCAGAGCCCUUCCGAAACUGAUCGGCGGGCCACUGUUUCGCGCCUCCAUGGCAAUGGCCACCCCAUGGAGGCGCUGCUGAAGCAGCUGGCAGCCAGAAAAGACAGAGUAUGGCGGGAGGGUCAUUCCCUGCGCAAACGUCCAGGACUGAACUGCAGCGCCUUUGCAGAUGGUCGGCGAACUUCAUUAGGCGGAGUUUGUCGACACGGUCAAAAAAAGACCUGGAGGGCCCCCGCUGCAUUGUGGAAGACGGAGCCCCGACAGAAGCGGGCAGCGCCUUGAUUUGGUGCCGCCUGUAGCUGGGCAGCACGUGCCGCGGAGGACUGGCGGCGGAACCGUGGGCCUCUAAGUCUCUGACUAGCAAAGAGACUCUUGGAGCUGGCGCGAAACUCGCCGAAAAACGCAAGAUCUGGGAGGAAGGUCCGUCUGCAGCUGGACCUGGCGGAAGUCCCGGCGCAGACCGCCAAAAAGGAGGCGGCCGCCCGCUACCUGAUCGAGCGCACCUACCAGCAAAGAGGUGCUCGGCGACUGGGACGCUCGGACGGCCAACAUACCGCGGGCGUCGGUCCGCAAACAGAGCGCGCGAGGAGGAGGGCCGAAAGCUCCUCGAAAAAGAGGAGAAGCAACGCCAGGCGAUCUGCGACGCCACAAAGAAGAUAGAAGGAGGCAGGGCGAGGACUCUGCUGACUUCGCCGACGAGCUUAGUUUAAGUCGUUCGCAAAAAAGACCGCGAAGUCGAUCCAUCGAUCGUGACGGCUUUGAACAGCAGCGGAGAGGACGAAGCGCGCUCCUAUGAUGACACGCGCCCGCCCGGCCAGGGCCAGCGAAGGAGAAAAACCCCUCGUCUACCGGCGCGCCAACGGCGUGGAAAAGAGGACGGGGGUCAAGGUGGCCUGGCCAUCCGUCUUGGCAGUCGGGGCGAAAGUCGCGGAGGCGCAGGAGCAGCCCAGGCGCUGCUUCUUCGCAAACGGAGGAAAAGCCUCGAAGCAGGCUAGCCACGUGCUAGACGCGUUAUUAAAACAUGUGGAAAAGGAAAAGCGCGGCUUCUGCCCCGUCUUCGACGUGGACGAAGGCAGCGCCCUGAACUAACAUAACGUUGCAGAGAGAAGCUCCCAUGAAAUGGAUCGCCGAAAGUUGCCGAAAGUCUCCGAAAGUUCAUCUGGCAAAUGUUGCUCUGAUAGAUUAGGCAAAGCCAGUAGCGUGACGACGGCGGCGGCUGUCCGUCAGUCUGUUGGUCUCCCUUGGUCUUGGUUGCUUUGCUUCAAGCAGUGAGCUGGGGCCCCGUCCUUCUUGUUUAGCUUGUUCCCUCUGCACUCAGCCACCCCCUUCCUUUCAUUGGUUCCUCCUCCUUCCUUCGUUCCUUACUACACACACAAAGACACCUGGCAGCCAAGCCCGCUGCCUGGCGCGCUGGCUUGGCUUCUUUCUUGCUUGCUUCCUCUCUCUCUCUCUCUCUCUGACUGCCCCCCCAGUCAGUCUGGUCUGUGUCUGUCCGUCAGUCUGUCUCCCGUUCUCUCUCACUCUGGAGCCAGCUCCCUGCAUGCCUUCCAUCCAUCCUCCGCCCGUCGCUCGCUCUCUCUGUCUCUGUUUCUUUGUGUCUCACUAUGUGUGGCCCCUGUCUGACUUUCUUUCUCUCAUUCUCCUCCCUGCUCGCUUCUAUCUUCUUCUCCUUCGUUCUCUUCCUUGCUCACCUCUGUCUCCCUCCGUUUUUGUUUCUGUCAGUCUUAGUCUGUUGCCUUGUUUCUUUGCUUCAUUCGUUCGCUUCGUUCUCCCUCUCAUGGCCGCGCGCGUCUCUGUAGUGCAUCAGUCUAAGCAACCCACGCACCUGCGCGCCCCUCGGUCCAUGCAUCGACCCACCCACCCACUGCCUGGCGCACGCGGCCCGCCGAUGGGCCCAGCCAUGGAACGACCCGCGCGCCGGUCGGUCUAGGUAGCUAGGUGCCGCGCGUAGCUAUGUACCUGAUGAAUCUGUCGGACCUAUGAAUGUAAAUACAUUCAUGGCCUAGAAUCUACCGGAUAGCUAGCCAGAUUGAUCUACGCGCGAGGGUGUCGAACUAUGUAUCUAGCAAACUAUCUAAGUAACUAAGAGCGUGCGAAAGAGUGCAAGAACGAAAGUGAGGCAAGGAGGGGGGCGGCUAGUUUCCGUUACUUCGACGUGAGUGCGCGUCUCUGUGCGGGUGUAUCUUUCUAUGUAAGAGAGCGCGCGUCUGUCUGCGUUGCGGUCUCCCUGCCUGGCACCCGCUCGCGCUGUGUAUCCAGCGGCCUUCCUGGCAGUUAGUCAGUGGGAGCGCGCUCUUGCUCGGCCUAGGUAGCUAUUUGUGUAUCUAUGUGUCUAUGAAUGUAGGCGCGCGCCCAUCCUUCCACCAGGCAGUCUACCCACCGGCCUAUCAACCUCCCUGGCGGCGUGUGUAGGAGUCAGCGGCAGUGUGUGAAUGAGUGUGCCUGUGAGUGUAUCUAACUACGUGCGUGUGGGUGUGUGAAUGAAUCCACGGGCCAGCCUAUGUAUGUACGAACGAACCAACGCCCCAGACAGUAACUAAGAGACCACAAGCCUCCAAAUUUUCUCAAAGUCCCCGUCGAAGAAUGUUGCCCGUCAGUCUGCAGAUUGAUGCGACGGCAGAACUUUCUUCCACAAUUUGACAAAAAUGCAGCAGAUAUGUCAAUCAAAAACCGCUCCGCCGUUUUUUGCCGAAUAUCGCCGAUUAUUUCCGUUCUUGUUUCUCCCGGUUCCUUAGCUCCGUUUAUUUCCGUUUAUUUCCGUUUCCUCCGAAAGUUGCCGAAAGUUUCCGAAAGUUGCCGAAAGUUUCCGAAAGUUGCCGAAAGUUUCCGAAAGUUGCCGAAAGUUUCCGCCUUUUUCCGUUAAUCGUCGAGGAAUAUUUUCGGAAACUUUCGGCAACUUUCGGAAACUUUCGGAAACUUUCGGAAACUUUCGGCAACUUUCGGAGGAAACGGAAAUAAACGGAAACAAACGGAGCGAAGGAACCGGGAGAAACAAGAACGGAAAUAAUCGGCGAUAUUCGGUAACUAAAGGAAAGUGAAAACACUUUCGGAAACUAACAGAGAGCCGCCGGCUUUUUCUUCGAUCUCUCGACGCUGCAGCCCUACAGGUGAAUGAGUGGGCACGUCGGUCCUUACUCGCGCGGACUCUAAGAAAUCCAGACCCAUGCAUCCAUGGGCAGGACGCGCCCGCUCUCUCAUUCUAUCUCUGCCGUACGCUCGUGGAGGCCUACAGUAGGCACGCGCACUGGCUCACACAUAGACACGCACCAUCUACGCACCCAGCCAAGCACUCACGCGCGCACGUAGCCACGUCCUAUAGUGUACACAAUUAGCCAGCGCCGACCUCUCUAGAUAUAGCAAGGGCGUGCUUCUGUAUAGUUCUUUAACGUUGAUAGAUAGAUACGCCCACGGAUGCUAGGUAGUAGCUAGGUACGCACCCACCACAAUGGGGCAGACAGUCUGACGCACUCCCCCACACACGCAACGGCGCCGCGGCCUUCGCCCCACCCUCUCACUCUGGCGCUCGCACGCGUGCAUUGGGUACAUAGGUGGGCGCGUAUUCAAUAUCCUAGAUAGCGGCACGCGUCUGCCUUCGUUCUCUCUUUUCCUGUCAGUCAGUCGGUCGGUCUAUGCGUCUAAUAUGUGCGCACCUACUCACAUGGAUGCCAUAGAUACUUACGACAUGCGUACACCCAUGCGCUGUCUCUAUGUCAUAGGCUGGCGCGUAAGAGAUAGACUCCUUGACUGAGUGGCGAGAGGGUGAGCGAGUGCGUGACUGACGGGCCGGGUGGGUGGGCGCGAGGGUGAGUCAGUGCAUGUAUGAACGCAGGAACCAACCAACGCGCGCGAGCGCGCGUCCAUCCGUCGGCCCACUCAAUCACCCGGCGCGCACUCUCUUCGUUCCUGUGAGUCAAUGCAUGGCCGACGUGUCUGCGUGACGAGUCACGCACUGAACGAAAGACGGCGCGCGUGCCUACCUACCUACCUACCUACCUACCUACGUAGGCACGCACCUACCUAGCUAGGUAGCUGCGUGCCUACCAACCUACUAGUACUACCUAGGUAGGUAGGCUGGUAGGCAGAUUCAUUGGCUGCCGCUGCUAGCUAGGUGCGCUACGAAAGUAAGUAGGUGCCAGCCUCGGCGCCUAUGACAUGUAUCUGCGAGCGUAUCAACCUGCCAGAGACUCAAUAAACAGCGCGCGAGGCGGCUGAGUGAGCUGCUCUGUUUGUCUCGGACUAAGUUAGUUAAAAAAGUGGCUUGGUUGCUUCUUAGUUACUUUGUAAAUAAAUAGAUAGCGGAGCACUUAUAUACUUACCUAUGUAUACUAAACCAACGAACGGAGCCUCGCUGUUAGUUAGCAGCGACUGAGCGCGUUGGUUCGUUGUGAGCGAGUCCAUGCAUGCACGCCAUGGCAUGCGUGCAUCCAUGCGCGCAUCGAUCGAAGCAACUCAGCGACCCCCCGAGGGAACAACUUACAGGCGCCACUAACUACGCCAGCGGGGGGCCCGCGUAUGUAUGAAUCUGAGGACGCUUCACGGGAGGCGCUUUUAUCGAGUGAGAGAAAGUCUGCCAGUUGAACUUUCGGAAACUUUCGGGAACUUUCGGCAAGGACCCUCAUGGGCCUCCAUUUUUGCAAAUAACGGCGGGGCAGCAUCUAAACCAGCAGGCGCUGGCGCUGCUGUUUGGCGCGUGCGCGUCGUCAGGCAUCUGGGGCGAGGCUCAGGCGGGAAAGAACCAACCUAAAGCCUCAGGCUGCGCGGUGGUUGCAGGUUUCAACGGAGACAACCGGCAACGCGCAAGCAGCGCCUUCUAGAACCUGACCCGCAAGCAGGUCGUCGCCAGCGUCCCAGCGGACUACUGGGACGGAUGUAAUCUGGGCCAGUGCUGGGAAGCGCUGCGAUCUUGAAGAAAAAGGUGCCUGCGGCUCUUUCUUUCUUUUCUAUGCGUCCUAACUAAGUCGUAGCCCAUACGAUGCCUCCUGCUAGGUAAAAAAGUGAAUGAGUGAAUGAGUGAAGCUUAAAUGUUAGACUUACACUUGAUAACUGAUGUGUAGCACUACUACUGUGACAAAGUAGUUACUUUUUUGAUACCUACUUCGUUCCUUCCGCACGCGACGGACUAAGUGUGUCACCCUAUCCCGUCCCUUCCACUUCCUGCUCUUUGAAGACCCCAAAUUUGUCCUACACGACACCACGUACUAUCUUGUAGGUACAACUACAUGCACUAAGAUGGCUACUGUCUAUUUGUCGUCUUAUGGAUGGUUUGUUUUUGUAGGACUUCAUACUAGGCGUAUCUUCAUCUUGUAACACUCUUCGAAGACUAACAGCUGUCGUGAUGAUUUUCAAUCUGCAUAUUCAUUGUCACAUCGCAGGUCAAUGUCCACCUCUUUGUAUGAAGAGUCCACCUAUUUAAACCUCCACAAAAUACUGGCGGAACUUUCUGAGCCGAAGAAGUCUUCCU